CGGGAGAGCAGCUUGAUUUGCGGUGCUCUGAGCCCGCUCACGUGCAUAGAUAUAACUUAGGUCUAAAAACAUAAAGCACUCACACUGCUUCCACUCUGAGGCAACGCAGAGCUCACAGCUGCUUCCUCAAGCGAAGACAGCAGUGCAGCACUGAUGCCAAUACAAGUCAACCUCAACGAAUUGGAAGCGCCGCCGCCCGCGCCCGCACCGGCAGCGCAACAGGUUCCGUCUUGGGCGCAACCGUCUAACCGCACCGAAAGAAGAUGUGUGGCCACGAACGAUUGCACCGUGAGACGGACAUCAGCAUUGGAUUCGGAGGUGGUCGGCGAGCUGCGGGCGGGCGACCGCUGCACCGUCGACGGGCAGCAAUCAAUCAGCCGCCAAGGGCGCGUCGUAGAAAGAUCGCGCAUCUGUGCACCAUUAAACGGCUGGGUCUCGACGCAGCGCCUCGCGCCAGCCGACGACGGCCUCGAGGUCGACGCGCGGCCGCCGCCGCGGUCGGAUUUCUACGCGGGCCAGCGCGUGACCGUCGACGACCAAGGGGGCCGGCUCGCGUGCCGGCGCGGCGCCGGCUGGCGCGUGGACCUCGAGGACGGCGGUGCCUUCUUCGUCGACGACGACGCGCGGCUCGCGCCGGCGCCGACGCCGCGGAGCCACUGGCUCGACGGCGUCCUCGAGGCCAUCGCGGCGCCGGCCGAGGUCUUCCUGCUCGGAGAAUCGACACACGGCACACGCGAUUACUAUGCGCUACGCUUCGAAUUGGUCCAGUCGCUGAUCGAACUGAAGGGCGUGUCCGGCGCUGUGUGGAAAUUAUCGAGCAGGCGUCGCGUCGAUGGCGCGGAUGUUAUGAUUCAGCCGCAUGCGAGAAGCGCCGCGAAAUUUGAUUUUUACAUAGGUCCGUCGUAGCCAUUGAGGGGGACUGCGUCGCGGCGGCGCGCGUCGAUGCCUACGUGCGCGGGACGUCGUCGGCCCGUACGGCGGAGGAGGCGCUGCGCGGCUUCACGGGCGGCCGCGGUACCACACCGUGGCUCUGGCGGAACAAGGAGGUCGUGCACUUCGUCGAGUGGCUGAGGGAGAGAAACGCAUCAUCGGCCGCGGCCUGCGGGUUCGCGGGGCUCGACCUCUUCAGCGCCAGGGCGUCGGCGCGAAUGGUGGUCGAAUAUCUCGAAUUGGUAGACCCACCAGCGAGUAGAACGGCGGCGGAUAGGUACGGCUGCUUCAUCGCGGCGUCCGAGGAGGAGUACUCGAAAGCCUGCCUCGAGGACGCGCGCCUCGACGCGCGCGGCGCAAGUCAGCGCGUCGACGCGACGAGGGACGGCUGCGAACGCGUGCUGGCUGAGCUCCAAGCGAAGCGGUAUGAAUAUUGGGAUCUCGGCGACGCAGAGCGUCACUUCAACGCCGAGCGCAACGCGGAGGUCGUGGUCAGCGCCCAGCAGUUCUACGCGAAGCGGCUGACCGAGCCCGACGUGACGUGGUCCGUGCGCGACCAGCACAUGGCGAAUAGUGUGCUGAAGCUGCGGCAGGACCUGGAAUUGUUGCGGGGCGCGCCGCCGCGCGUAGCGGUCCUGGCCCACAACAGCCACGUCGGCGACGGCCGGGCGACGGCGCACGCGCGGCAGUGGAAUAUCGGAUACCUAUGUCGCGAGACGUUCGGCGCCGGCGCCGCGAUCGUGGGCUUCUCGACGUAUUCCGGCCACGUGACCGCGCUGCCGGAGCGGGGGAGCGAGUUGCCUUUGAAGCACGUCCUCAAGCCGGCUUUGCCUUCGUCCGCCGAGGCGCUCCUGCACGCCAACUACGCCGCGCACCCAGGGCUCGAAGUCUGUGUGGAAAUCAAAAUUGUGCUGAAUCUUCGCGUCGACCCGACACACUGAUUGAUUUCCGCACAGGCCGAAGGUCCUCAAUUUGGGGAUGCCAGGUGACGACGCGCGCAUCGUGGACGCGCUCCGCGCCCCGCGCCCCCAGCGCUUCGUCGGCGUGAACUACAUAUCGGAUGACGAGCGGCGGCGGCACUACAUCGACUCACGCGUUCCGGAACAAUACGACUGCCUCGUCUACGUCGACGAGACGUCGGCGCUCGAGCCGCUCGACCACCUCGAUGAGUGGGAUCAUUCGCGUCGUUCGUCGUAGCUUUUGUAACCGUCUUUUGUCUUUCCGAUCGGAUAUAUUGCUACGAGGAC